CGUUCGAAAGGUUCCAGCAGCAAAUCGAACAAUACCCUUUCACGCGCGCGUCUCUUUUUCCUCGCGUUUUUCAGCCGCUCGAAGGCGACGCGCCGCGCGUCCGCCGGCGUUCCGUCAGUUCCGCGUCCAGCUCGAUCCAGCUGUGGACCCGUCAUGGUGUACCGGACAUCGUGGCCGCGGGGGACCGCGACGUGGACGGCGCACGUUUCCGAGGCCGCGAUUGUCGAACACGGCCUUCUUUCCCCUCGAGUGGCUCGCGAUAUCGCGAGGUGGACGCGGGUGGCCAAGCCGGCCGGAUGUGAGGGAUUAACCUAGAGCCAGGAGAUUUUCGAAGGGCAGAUCCCGUAUGUAAACAAGGCACUCGAGCCACACUUGUCGCAUUCUACGCAGAAUUUGACUUUUGGGACGCGUCAUGUCUCGCCUACUGUUGUCCCGCGCUCAAGCGUCGCUGCCGAAGCGUAUGUCGCUUGGAAACGAGUGCAGGCAGACCCAUCAUUCCUGCAAAAUCCUCGUGGUGGGUGGCGGCACCGCCGGCUGCUCGAUGGCUGCGAAACUGGCGAGGAAGCUGAGCGAGCCGGAGCAAGUUAUCGUGCUGGAACCCAGCGAUGUGCAUUAUUAUCAACCCUUGUUCACUCUGGUUGGCGGUGGUGUCAGUCCUUACGCCUCGUCGAGAAGGAACAUGAGAGAGGUUCUGCCAGAGAGGGCGAAGUGGCUGAGAGCUUCCGUCGUCGGGUUUCAGCCGGACGUUAAUAAAGUGUCGACGCGUGACGGAGACACGAUACAAUACGACAUUAUGAUCGUCGCGCUCGGCCUGCAAUUGUACUGGGACAAGAUUCCAGGCUUGACAGACGGCAUACGCGACCCUGACGCGCAGGUCUGCUCCAUUUACGGGUCCGACACCGUGCCGCUGGUUUACGAGAAGAUAAGGAACACCGGGCGGGGGACCGCGAUAUUCACGUUUCCGAAUACUCCAGUCAAGUGCCCGGGCGCGCCUCAGAAAAUCGCCUACCUCGCUGAGGACUACUUUCGUAAACGCAAAUUACGAAGUGGCAUCGACGUCGUGUACAACACGGCGUUGCCGGUCAUAUUCGGAGUCAAGAAGUACGCCGAUUCCCUCUGGGGCGUUUGCAAGCAGAGAGGCAUCACCGUUAAUCUGCAAACGAAUCUGGUGAAGAUAGACCCGAGCAAGAGACAAGCCACGUUUGAGAAACUAAACUCUCCGGGAGAGACAUUGGUGCAGGAGUACUCACUUCUCCACGUGACGCCUCCGAUGGGACCGCCCGCGGUUUUGAGGGAACACCCGGCGUUGACCAACGAAGCCGGAUUUCUCUGCGUCGAUCCCAAAACGCUGCGACACACGAGAUACCCGAAUGUAUUUGGCAUAGGCGACUGUACAAACACACCGAAUUCCAAGACAAUGGCCGCGAUAGCCGCGCAGGGAAAAGUGUUGUACCAGAAUAUACUGGAUGAUUUGGCCGGCAAACCGAUGACGAUGGCCUACGACGGUUACGCGUCGUGCCCGCUGGUCACCGGUUACGGCAAGUGCAUCCUGGCAGAGUUCGACUAUAACUUGCAACCAAAGGAGACCUUCCCGGUGGACCAAGGCAAGGAAUUCUACGCUAUGUUUCUGCUGAAGAAAUAUAUGUUCCCGUUUAUAUACUGGCACUUGAUGUUAAAAGGAUACUGGAACGGACCAGAAUUCUUCCGCAAACUCACGAAGGUACUGAAGAAGGAUUAGUGUGCUCGUAGAAGGAAACCGUAAAAAUAUUUCUACAACACAAGAGAGCAUGUACAUAUAUAAAUACAUAUAAUCCCCUUUUGUAUUUCUUAUACAAAGAUGUAUUUUAA